AUGCCCGUACCCAUGUCACAGCACCCCGUUCCCGCUCAGUAUAUCCCCGCCCAGCGCAACAUGCCACACCCCAAUGAUGCUGCUCUUCGCCGGACCCGCAAACCCACCGACAAGAACAUCCCCGACGGCAUCGACGAUGUGGUGAUCGGCGAAGGCGUACAGCAGUACAAGGACCUGCGCGAUCUAGAGAAGAGAUUGGACGCCGCCAUCGUCCGAAAGAGACUGGACAUUCAGGAUUCGAUCAGCAAGACCGUUAAGAAGUACCGGACGAUGCGCAUUUGGAUUACAAACACAGUCGAGAACCAACCGUGGCAAGGUGCGGCUGGCCAGAAUGGGUCAGCGACUAACCCUGGCUCAGGGCGUUACAAGGUGCGCAUAGAGGGGCGGCUGCUGGAUGAUGAUACCGAUCCCACGGCCCCUGAGGAUAGCGACAACGAGGGCAACGAGACACAGGCGAAUGGAGAUGCCAUGGAUCACGACGGGAAGGAGACCAAGAAGAAUGCCUCGAAGCGGUCAAAGCAGCGCUUUUCGCACUUUUUCAAAACAGUCACGGUCGACUUCGACAAAUCUUCAACCGCGAACCCGGAGGAGAUCAAGACUGUUAACUGGAAUAAGCCACAACUUCCGGCUAAUACUGUAACACUACCCCCGACUGCCGAUUUUGACUCUCUGCAGUUCUCUCGGGCUUCGCAGGAGAACUUGAAUGUCACCGUAAGCCUUGUCAGAGAUGAGACUCCAGAGCGGUAUAAGCUGAGCAAAGAGCUGGCGGAAGUGCUCGAUGUCGAGGAGGAAACGCGCAGCGGGAUUGUGCUUGGGAUUUGGGAUUAUAUUCGCGCGAUGGGUCUACAGGAGGACGAGGAGAAGCGUUUGGUCCGCUGUGAUCAUCGUUUGCGAUCUAUCUUCGGCCGAGACCAGAUGUUCUUCCCACAGAUCCCAGAGAGCAUCGGCCCUCACACCAGUCCCCUUGACCCGAUCAAGCUUCCAUACACCAUCCGUGUCGAUGAAGAUUUCCACAAGGACCCCACCCCCACCGUCUACGACAUCCAAGUGGCCGUGGAAGACCCGCUCCGCGCUAAGAUGCUCGCUCUGACCCAGAACCCACAGUACACCGCCGGGCUGCGACAGAUUUCCACUCUGGACGACCAGGUGUCACUCAUCGUCCAGGCACUGACACACUCGCGUGCCAAACACUCCUUCUACACGGCGCUGAGCAAAGACCCCGCCACGUUCCUUCGUCGCUGGGUCAACUCGCAGCGCAGGGACCUCGAGACCAUCCUGGGCGAGGCGACUCGCGGUGGCGGCGAAGAUGCCACUGGCCCGGAGUUCCGCCGCGGAGGUGCCGAUGGCGCUUGGGACUCGCCGGUGGCCCGCGAAGCGGUGCGGUACAUGCUCGCGAAGCCGGAGGCCAUGCCGCGGUGA